AUGCACCAAGGUCGCAAGGCACAUGGAGAGGGGGCGAAGGGGGGGGAGAUGGGGGGGAGGGUACGCAUGGUUGGCGAAGGCAGGCUAUACGGGAAAAGGGGGGGUGGUGCUGCUUCAAGGAAAUCCGUUGUGGGAGGGAGGGAUGUAGCAGGGAAGGAUGUGGCAGGGAGGGAUGUGGCAGGGAAGGAUGUGGCAGGGAGGGAUGUGGCAGGGAAGGAUGUGGCAGGGAGGGAUGUGGCAGGGAAGGAUGUGGCAGGGGGAGGGAGGAUGUGGCAGGGAAGGAUGUGGCAGGGAGGGAUGUGGCAGGGAAGGAUGUGGCAGGGAGGGAUGUGGCAGGGAAGGAUGUGGCAGGGAGGGAUGUGGCAGGGAAGGAUGUGGCAGGCCGUCGGACCAAUGCUCUGUCAUGACCCGUCUCGGGACUCGUCCCCGUUGAAUUCACACGGUCCGAUUGGAGUGGCUGGGCCUGCGGUGUGCAAGUGGAGUGGGGGCAUCACCGCGGGUGUCAAGCCGGCCGAUGAUCGCACCCGCAGCUGCACCACCGCCAGUGGCGCCACUGCCGGAAACCGGAGGAAGAAGGAGGUGCGUUCCUUGGGGCAACCUGCGGGUAACCUGCGAGAGGGAGAUGCUGGGUACUCCCGUAAAGCAGUUUUCUUCCUUGCGGAUGAGCAGGGGGAAAGGUGGUUUGUUGGGCGAAACGUGGUGCGUGGUGCGAGGAAGGAGGGGAACAUGGGUGAUGAGGGGAACAUGGGUGGUGAGGGGAACAUGGGUGGUGAGGGGAACAUGGGUGGUGAGGGGAACAUGGGUGGUGAGGGGAACAUGGGUGGUGAGGGGAACAUGGGUGGUGAGGGGAACAUGGGUGGUGAGGGGAACAUGGGUGGUGAGGGGAACAUGGGUGGUGAGGGGAACAUGGGUGGUGAGGGGAACGUGGGUCAUCUGUGGAUCAGGAGCAGAUCAGUGGUAGGUCAGUGGCAGGUCAGUGGCAGGUCAGUGGCAGGUCAGUGGCAGGUCAGUGGCAGGUCAGUGGCAGGUCAGUGGCAGGUCAGUGGCAGGUCAGUGGCAGGUCAGUGGCAGGUCAGGGGCAGGUCAGCGGCAGGUCAGUGGCAGGUCAGUGGCAAGUCAGUGGCAGAUCAGUGGCAGGUCAGUGGCAGGUCAGUGGCAGGUCAGUAG